AUGAAGGAAGUGGUGGAGCCGAAGAUGAUCAGCUUCCGCGAGAAGUACAGCCCGGUUGCGUUUAACUUGACCGUGGAGGUCGAUUUGAGUGGAGUUGGCAGAGCGGAUGAUGUUGGGAUUAAGAGUGAUUACAUUGGGAAUCAUGGCUACUUGAGUUGGGUUGAGCUGAAUGGAACACAUGUCGUCAGGAGUCCGAUCGUCUUAGUCAUUGCUUCUCCAAGAACUUGA